AAAGUUUUAAUGACGGUCGUGACUGAAAGUCGUUUAGUGACAUUUUGAUUAAUUCAUCUUCAAAGAUCACGUUUCAAUUUUUGGUCUACACAGUCCGUUGUUUCUAAAAAAAAUUUUCUUCACGAUUUUAGUUUAAAUAUUUAUUUAUUAAUUUUUUUCAUUAUUAUGUAAAAAUGUCAGAAUUUGAUCCACAAGAUAAAAACAGUUGGUACUUUGGGACAGUAUCGAGGGAGGAGGCCAAUAGCAUACUCCAAUCAGAACAGGAUAAUGGUAUUUUCUUGGUGAGAGAUAGUACAUCAAUCAAAGGCGAUUUCGUUGUUUGUGUCAAGGAGGACAACAAGAUAAGCCACUACAUAGUCAACAGAAUAAACUCAGCCGGCACAGUCAGGUUUCGAAUUGGGGACCAAGAGUUUCCGACAUUAUCUGCCCUCCUCAAAUUUUAUAAAUCACAUUGCUUAGACACCACCCCACUCAGACGACCUGCCCAGAGACAAAAGUACAGAGCAAAAUAUAAAUUUCCUGGCCGUGAUCCAGAUGAUUUGCCAUUUGAGAAAAAUGACAUACUGACGAUAAUAAGGAAAGAUGAGGAGCAGUGGUGGCUCGCUGCUAACGAGAAGGGACUGACUGGUCUUGUGCCUGUGCCCUACAUUGAGAAGUACACAGAGGAGAUGCACGUCCUAACCCCCGGCACCCCGGGUUCGACCCUGUUAAACAACAGCAGCACCAACAACAUGUUUGUUGACACCCAGGGACCCACCCUACCCGAUGUUAUCAGUGUCAAGGAGG